AAUUGACCUUCAAGUGCGCAGCCUCUCCACUAGCUAUUUGCGGCGUUAUCCUCUGUAUUCGUUAGAUGUCAUUGGUUUCUGUGAUAUGAAGACUUUAGGGGUAUUAAUCGUAAUGGGAGUAUUUUUCGUUGACUCACUCAACAGUAGUUGUUGUUUCCGAAUCAUCAUGUUUAAUAGUAUCACGAUCAAGUGAAUUUAUCCCCACUGACGAGUGGAAAGAAAUUUUACCUGGCCAGAUAAUUCCUCCUGGUCUGCAUGUGCGUCAAAACUUGCAAACUGGAUUUACCGAGGCGAGACUUAUGAAUAAUAAGUCAAAUGAGUCUUAUGUUAAUACAAACAAUAAUAUUACUGGUAUCGCCCUUCUAUCGCAGUCCACACAGAAUCGUGCAGGUGACACUAGUGGUCAUCACUCUGUGAAAAACAGACAGCGUUUUCGUUCCUAUGAGGAACUUAGGACAGAUUUUCAGAAAAUGAAUGUGGGUGUGAGGACAGAUGCAGAGAUUAUUAACGAAAUAUGUUUGGAAUUAGAGGAUGGUAAUGUUACAAACGAAAGACUGGAAGUACUUUUAGAGGAUUUGUCUUACUAUCUACACCAGAUUGAUAAUGCUAAGAUUUUCGCAAACAAUGGAAACUUUCCACUAAUACUAAAACUUCUCCUACAUCCCGACCAUAGAGUUAAGAAGAAGGCUUUACAGGCCAUUGGGGCAGCUAUCCAAGGGAACUCUGAGGUUAAAGCGAUUGCACUUCGAGAAGGUAUACUGGAAAAACUUCAUUACAUUUUAAAGGCAAACUUGGAUGAACAGAACUAUACAAAAUCUUCAGAAAUAUUGCUUGGCGGAAUACUGACACUAGGCGCUUUGUUGCGCCAUUUUCCUUUGUCCCAGAAACAGUUCUUUUUUACUGUACAGUUCCAACCAACUGGUUAUGAAUUGCUUUCCCAAAUUGCCAGUCUUGAUGCUCCAGAUAAUGAGGCCAUUUCUCGGAAAUUAUGCGUUCGAGUUAUUACACUCUUGACAGACCUGUACAGUGAGCGACUGACUGCUCAAAGCGUUUCUAAAGAAAAUCCUACAAAAGCAAAUGUAGAUACUUGGAAUAUUUAUGCCGGCAUUCCAUUUGAGGAAGGGUUCGUAUCUUCGGGAUUUUGCGGGAGAUUACGCUUUUCACUACAAAGAGAUAUCCAAGGAAGCACAUUGAUGGGAGGGUUAAGCACUUCGGUGAAUCAUGAUUUGCGUGAGAAAGUUGUCACAGCGUGCCUGAAAUUUGCCAAUCUAUGCGACUGGGCUUCACUUGGUUCCACGGAAAAACAUCAUAUUCGCACACAACUUGACUUAUUAAUCGGCGAGUACGAACUUCUUUCGAAAGAUGAAGUUAAUGAAAACGAUUCCUAUUUUACUGAUAUGCUACAAAAAUGUCAAAAGUUAAAAAGCACAUUGCAAUAUGAAAGUGAUUUUCAAAAAACUGAUCUUUAAAAUUAUGAGGAUUUAUUAUUCUACUUCUGUAUUUAGAAAAAAACAUUUGUAAAUCUUGUAAAAAUUUACUUCAAUAAUUCAUUUUUAGCGGAUUUUAUUGUCACUAAAAAGAAUUUGGUCUAUUUAACGCCUCUACGUUUGACAGUGUCUUACAGGAAAAACGCUGAAGAUCAAAUUCACUAAAUGUACUGCUUUCAUUUCAUCCGGUUGGUCAUUCACUAAAAAUGGAGUACGAAUUUUGUAAACAGCUGCACCGUUCAACAAAACAUGUAUACGGAUUGCAUACUGAUUAAACACAGCCAAGUAGUUAAGAUUUCAAACAUGGGUAGGCAUCUAGUAUUUAAAUAAAAGUAGUGGGAGAAAUAUUCAUGUGGUUUUCACAACCAAUAGCUGUUUCCUUGACGUGAUGGUCGGGCUUGCAAAUCUCAACGACCCAACAAGCUACACUGGCUAGAACUAAUGUUCCUUCAGGUCCUACGGC